AUGGCCGGUCUCUUCCGUUUGCUCCGGAUGCAAUACACCAUCCCAACAGACCCAGUAGGGGUCUCCUUUGCUGGUAAAACCGUCAUCCUGACUGGUGCGACGAGCGGUCUGGGAUUCGAGGCCGCCAUCAAAUUCCUUAAUCUCGGCAUUGAGUCGCUGAUCAUCGGGAGUCGCAACCAUGAACGAGGCCUGGCUACUAAGGCGGAACUAGAGAAUCGCACCGGCCGACGAGGUGUGGUUCAUGUAUGGGAGCUAGAAAUGAGCUGUUUCCAAAGCGUCAAGGAUUUUGCGGACCGCGCCAAUAGGGAAAUCAAACAACUAGACAUUGCACUGCUUAGCGCUGGUCUGUGGAACCGAGAGUAUAUCGUAACUCCCGAGGGCUGGGAAGAGACCCUGCAGGUAAACACACUGUCGACUUCACUUUUGGCGCUUCUUCUCCUGCCCAAGCUCAGAGAGUGUUCGUCCCUAUCCAAUCCAGCACACCUAGCCGUGGUGUCCAGCCAACAAUUCGCCCGGGUGAAGGCAGCAAGCCUCCGGACAGAGGGACCAUUGUUGAUGCAUCUGAACGAUCCGCAGCACUUUCGCGGCCCAAAGCAAUAUGGUAUCUCCAAACUCCUGCUGGAAUACGUCCUGAAAACGGCAGCGGGUCUGGCUCGAAAUGAAAAUGGAGCCCUCCCCGUCAUUAUCAAGACUGUAAGUCCAGGAUUCUGCGUGUCGUCGCUUGGGCGUCAAUACAACCGAUUCUACGAGCGUUGGUUGGUUUGGCUGGUGCAAAAGCUCUUUGCUCGCACGACGGAACAGGGAAGCCGGUCGCUAGUUAGCGCCACUUAUCAGGGAGUCGAAUCGCAUGGGAAAUGCUGGAGAAGUGAUGGAUACUUGGAUGAAUCGGCCGCGUUGACUAUGGGAGUGGAAGGAAAACAAUUCCAGGACAAAGCAUGGAAAGAAAUCAUGGAGAUUCUACGAGGACAGUCGGCAGGGAUUGAUGAAGCCUUAAGACAACUCCAGGCAACUACUCAAUAG